GCGUUGUCCUCCGUCACGAUGUCGGCCCAUUUGCUCUUCAUAAACUCACUCUUCCGCCCCCGUUCCAGCUGUCGACUUUCGUAUCGAGUUCGACACUUGGCAAUACCGUCAGCCUCAACGCCGAAUUUAAAGUCUAGUUUCCGCGAAACGCUGGUCUCUGGACCAUCGCUAGACGACUUCAUCUCAGGAGAACCCAUAGAACAUGUAGUGCUCGGGAACACCAAAGGGCCUCGGCUACCUAGCUUUCUAAAGACAAAAAUACCCUCGGGAGCAUCUUUCAACAAGAUCAAGAAGGACUUAAGGGGACUCGGCCUUCAUACUGUAUGUGAGGAGGCACGAUGUCCCAACAUCGGUGACUGCUGGGGUGGAAAGGAAGGUGCAACUGCUGAGGAGGGCAAGAGGGCAGCAACGGCUACAAUCAUGUUGAUGGGAGACACCUGUACGCGUGGUUGUAGAUUCUGCUCUGUCAAGACUUCCCGUACUCCCCCUCCAUUGGAUCCUCACGAGCCUGAGAAUACAGCAGAGGCCAUUAGUCGAUGGGGGCUUGGAUACAUAGUGCUCACUAGUGUUGACAGAGAUGACCUUGUAGAUGGCGGUGCACAUCACUUCGCAGAGACUAUUAUGAAGAUUAAGCAAAAGGCGCCCCAUAUUCUGGUGGAAGCAUUGACAGGAGAUUUUGCGGGCAAUUUGGAAAAUGUUUCUCUCGUAGCGAAGUCUGGCCUAGACGUUUACGCACACAAUAUCGAGACUGUGGAGGAGUUGACACCCUUUGUGCGCGACCGCCGUGCAACUUUCCGGCAGAGUCUGAAAGUGCUUGAGCACGCGAAGAAGGAAGGUGUCCGCGUCACCAAGACAAGUAUCAUGCUUGGUGUCGGCGAGACAGAAGAACAGGUCAUGGAUGCGUUACGAGAACUUCGCAAAAUUAAUGUUGAUGUUGUCACCUUUGGGCAAUAUAUGAGGCCCACGAAGCGACACAUGAAAGUUGAUCGAUAUGUGGAACCUUCCGAGUUUGACAGAUGGAAGCGGAUAGCUGAUGACAUGGGUUUCUCCUAUGUGGCCAGCGGUCCUCUUGUCCGCAGUAGCUACAAGGCUGGCGAAUACUUUAUAGAGAAUAUGUUGAAAGGAAAGGCCACAGAGAACAGGGUGACGAAUCUCGUCACACAGGAAGCGUCAACAAGCCAUACCCAGACGACAUGAUCGUGUCUACAAUAUUGUCCUACCAUUUACUCUUUAUCUAAUCCACGAGGGGAUCCUGUCUACUGUCGUUUUCCAAAUGAUGUGAUCGGACCUUUGUCAGUUACCAGCAUCUAAGGAUCAUCCGGUAUGCUUAGACCGCGAGCUAUAAGAAUGACAUUUGAGUGACAG